AUGAAAUUCCCGCGAUGCAUUUUUUUCGUGUUCGUUCUUGUUUUUUACAUUUUUACUCCUCAUAUUGAAGCAGUCGAAGCCGAUGGACCAACUGAAGCACUGAUCAAUAGUAUCUGCGUAGAAAACGAAGACUAUGGAUUUUGCAGUAAAAUCAUCCAUGAAAAAUUGAAGGCACCAACGGCUACUCUCAAAGAACUCACCGGUCUCAUAUUUCACACCGCUACGGAUCAGGCCAAUGAUACUUAUAUUUUCAUCGAUAACAUACUCCGCGAAUGGCCCGGCCCUAAGAAGAAGAAUUGUCUCAAGACUUGUCGUGCAGUUUAUAAUAGAGAGACCACUAGUUUCUUAGAGAUUCGCUUUCUAUUUUCAAAAGGAGAGUACGAACGUAUGGUUAAAAUCAUUUUCUCCACAGCCAAGAUCUUGGACCGUUGUAGGACCGAUUUUCUUAUUCCUCCUUACAAAGACCCUCUAAUUGAGAAGAAGAGAGUUAUGAGAAUAUUGAUCACCAUGUCUGCGGUUUCUGGAUAUAUGGUAAAAAAUGGAAAGGCUUCCUUGAUUAGAUCAGUAGUUAUUCCGCAGAUUUUCAGUUAUUAAGAGAAACAUAUUAAUCAAUGGGUUUGU